AUGGAAAAUUCGACUUUAAAGAACACUACAAUUGUAUUUAGACACAAGAUGUAUACAAAAGGUUUCUCACCAGAACAAAAUGAACUUUCAUAUCGAGAAGCCUUUGUUAAUCCUAUAAUUGCAAGAUCAUUCAAUGAUUCAGCUAUUCUUAUGUUUGUUUUCAGUUUAACUAAAUUCUUCAAACGCUUGUCUACUGGUGGUAGUUGUAUCUCAAAUACGCUGAGUAAUGGCCGUGUUGCUCAUUAUACAACACAAGUUAAUUGUGAAAAGGGCUUUUUCGAUCAGAAACGAGAACUUGUUAAGUUUAAAAAUGUAUUUAAUGCUAAUUCACAACUUCAUGUUGUUCUAGGCCCUCAUAGUAACGGAAAAACUGCAUUGAUCCACAAGCCAUUUAGCGGGGAUCCGUUUAGUGAGAAAGAGAUUACUUCUAAUGAUGUCAUGAAGUUGCUUGAUAAUAUUGAAAAUGCUCUUCCGAAAUGGACCUGUUGGGAUAGUUAUAACAUACCUCCACCCAUUUUGUUCAUUGAUGAAGCAAACAUGUUUAGCCAACUUGGGAGUUCAAAAGAGGGAGAAGUUCUUCUCAAAUCAAUUCUGAACUGGGUGGUAGUAAAUACAAAAGAAAAAAGACGAUUUCAUGUGGUGCUUACCUCUUCCGAUUCAUUUUUUUUUAACUGGAUCGUAAAACUUUUGCAUAUCCCACAUGCAACCCCGUAUGUUGUUGGAGAUUUGAGUAGGGAAGAAGCUGAAGAAUAUUUUUUGAAAUGCAUGUCCUUCAUCAAUAUGUGCAAAGAGCUCAGAGGUAAAUUUGACCGCAUUCACAGAAUGACAGAUUAUGACUUUUCAGUUUACGAAUCAGAAUAUAAUAGAUUGAUAUGUGUGAAGGCAGAGGAUCAAGGAUUCGUUUUAGAAAAUGACUUGAUUGAAGCAAUUGGUCCUGAUCAAGUUAAUUCACUUAUAGAUCAUAAUUAUUUGCACCGUCGACCAACCAGGCGAUUUGCCAACGACAUCAUUGGUCCACCGGCUGGAGAAGUGAUUCUUACUGCGAUGAACCAGCCAUCAGUGCGCGCAAUGGAACGCAUCCUAUCUAAGGUUUCUUCAAGAAAAAAAUAA